AUGUCCUUCAGCGACGAUAAUGCAGCUCUCAGACGAUAUAUCUCUCUCAUAAUCAGGCCACGCACCCGCAGCAACGUCCAGAAGCUUAGCGAAUUACGACCAGACCUCAACAUCCUCCACCCUCCCAUGGAGAGGGACCCACUCUACCCACCGCGCCAGACACCCCUCCUCCCCUAUAUCCCGGGAGACUUAUUUGAUAUGGGGAGCAAUUACUCCCAGGCAUCAAGCCUAGAUAUUGGAGAUGGAGAGCCCGUCGAAGAGGGCAGAGUUAGUAAAACAUACGAUGGUUCGAACCCGCGAGGGGGAGAUCCUAUAUUUAAACGACGAGGAUCUGGAAGAUUUUCAGUGGGAGGAGAGGCAGAGGCGUUUAUACCAGAAACGAAUGGGGGGGUUGGGGAGAGCCAAGAGGGCGAGGAGGUGGAAGAAGAGCAGGGCUUCGAAGAGGAAGCGGGACGAGAAUGGGAGGUGGAGGGGGGAGGUAAUGGGGCGGAUAUCUAA